AUGGCCUCGGACAACACGCAGCGCAGCUACUCCAUCAUACCAUGCUUCAUAUUUGUUGAGCUGGUCAUCAUGGCUGGCACUGUGCUCCUGGCCUACUACUUUGAGUGCACGGACACCUUCGGGAUCCACAUCCAGGGAUUCUUCUGCAACGAUGCUGACCUGAUGAAGCCCUACCCUGGGGCAGAGGAGAGCAGCUUCAUCCCUCCGCUUGUCCUCUACUGUGUGGUGGCUGCAGCCCCCACUGCCAUUAUCUUCAUCGGAGAGAUAUCUAUGUACAUCAUGAAGUCCACCAGAGAAAGCCUCAUUGCCCAGGAAAAAACGAUCGUGACCGGGGAGUGUUGUUACCUGAACCCUCUCAUCCGCAGAAUUAUCCGCUUUAUUGGUGUAUUUGCUUUUGGCCUCUUCGCCACGGAUAUCUUUGUGAAUGCAGGUCAGGUUGUGACUGGUAACCUGGCGCCGUAUUUCCUCAGCGUGUGCAAGCCAAAUUACACAGGGACAGAGUGCCGCUUCAACCACCAAUUCAUCUCCAACGGCAACAUCUGCACAGGCAGCCAGGUGGUGGUGGAAAAAGCCAGAAGAUCUUUUCCGUCCAAAGACGCGUCACUCAGCGUUUACUCAGCUGUCUACGUCACCAUGUACAUCACGAGCACCAUCAAGACAAAAAGCAGCCGGCUGGCAAAACCUGUGCUCUGCCUUGGGACUCUGUGUGCGGCCUUCCUCACUGGACUGAAUCGCGUGUCAGAAUACAGGAACCACUGCUCAGAUGUCAUUGCAGGAUUCAUUUUAGGCAGCUCUGUGGCCCUUUUCCUGGGGAUUUGCGUAGUGAACAACUUCAAAGGGGCUCACUCGACUCCUGCAAAACAAAAGACAGAGGAUUAUCGUGGUCUGCCCCUUAUGACAUUCCCGCGUGUGGAGAGCCCCCUGGAGACCCUCAGUGCACAGAACCACUCAGCGUCAAUGACUGAGGUCACAUGA